UGGACCAUUCAGACGGGAUUAAAAUCACUGCCGAUAACAGCAGCAGUCGCCUCUUCUGACGCCUGGAUACUGCGCUUAUUCCCGAAACCAGCCCAGGUCUGACAGCCGGUCAAGGCAGCUCCUACACCUGCCUGCCACAUCAACGGACCAGGCAUCUCUUACGGGAUAUUUCCAUCGUUAGUGUUUUCUUCAUUGCCGCUCUCCGGUGGUGAGAUGCCCGGCUGGCCGCUGACGGGCUGCGGGACAGAAUGAGGAUCGGCCUCGGUGUCAUCCCGCAGCCCGAACCCGCCUGCUCGGGUCUUCCUAGCCUCAGCAACCGGGUCGAUUUCUGACCAGAAGACAUGGCUGUGACUGUUUCGGCAUGUGUACGGAUUUAAUAAACAGCAAUCAUGAGGUUUCCUUGGGAUUGACUUGAACAAUGCGAAAGGAAGUGCGGCGGAGGAUCGACAACAGGGUUUCCGAAAACCGCGAGCAGGAGAUGCUCCACAGGGCGUCUGCUGGACUCUGUCAGCUGCAGGGAAUUAUGAGUUUACUCAUUCUGCCUGUCGUUUUCAGUGGAGACAGCCAGGUGGAUCGCUGUAGCCUGUAUUUCAUGUAGACUGCAACAGACGGCCUGCCUGCCAUAGAGUGGAGGACAAGCAGCCCACAGCAGGGAUCGGGAGGUUUGAAGAGGUGUUACAAGGGGACCCUGCUCAAAAUGGAGCGAUGUGGAUUGGCGUGUUCCUAUUCCUUGUGAACUGCAGAAAGGAAGCAAUCACGAGGACGAAGGAUCAAUUAGCAGGCGGAGGAGGCGGUGGGGGAGUGGUGUCAGAAGAAAAGGUGGUAUGGCUGGGGGUGCAUUUGGGAUGGCGAAUGGAAACGAGAGCAGUGAGGGGCCUGCAGGGCCUGCAGGGCCCAUGGCAGCGGUGGUGGCUACUGCUGGAGGUGUUGUAGCGGAUAGUUCUUCUUCAGCUGUCUCUACGUACAUCAAGCUGGUGCUACUGGGGCUCAUCAUCUGCAUCAGCCUGGUGGGCAACCUGGUGGUGUCUCUGCUUGUACUACGGGACCGGGCCCUGCACAAAGCACCUUACUACUUCUUGCUGGACCUGUGUCUGGCAGACACCAUCCGCUCGGCCAUCUGCUUCCCCUUUGUCUUGGUGUCUAUUAAGAACGGUUCAGCCUGGACCUACAGUGUGUUGAGCUGCAAAGUAGUGGCAUUCAUGGCAGUGCUCUUCUGCUUCCAUGCCGCCUUCAUGCUGUUCUGCAUCAGUGUAACGCGCUACAUGGCCAUUGCACACCACCGCUUUUACUCCAAGCGUAUGACAUUUUGGACAUGUGUAGCGGUGGUGUGCAUGGUGUGGACACUGUCAGUUGCAAUGGCAUUUCCCCCAGUUUUUGAUGUUGGCACCUACAAAUUCAUUCGAGAGGAGGACCAGUGUAUCUUUGAGCAUAGGUACUUCAAGGCCAAUGAUACUUUAGGCUUCAUGCUGAUGCUAGCUGUACUCAUUCUUGCCACACAUGUCGUCUACAUGAAGUUACUCCUCUUUGAGUACAAGCACCGCAAGAUGAAGCCAGUCCAGAUGGUGCCGGCCAUCAGUCAGAACUGGACCUUCCAUGGGCCGGGUGCCACAGGCCAAGCAGCAGCAAACUGGAUUGCAGGCUUUGGAAGGGGCCCGAUGCCGCCAACUCUGCUGGGAAUCCGGCAGAACUUGCACAACCAGAACCGGCGCCUAUUGGGCAUGGAGGAGUUCAAAGCGGAGAAGCAGCUUGGCAGGAUGUUUUACGUGAUCACCCUGCUGUUCCUGGUGCUUUGGUCUCCCUACAUAGUGGCUUGUUAUUGGAGGGUUUUUGUCAAGGCUUGCACAAUACCACACCGGUACCUCUCCACCACGGUGUGGAUGAGUUUCGCCCAAGCCGGGGUCAACCCUAUUGUCUGUUUCUUCCUGAACAAAGACUUGAAGAAAGGGCUCCUUUCCCACCUACCAGCCUGCUGCAGGACUAAACCUCAUCUGCCACGAGAGCCUUAUUGUGUCAUGUAAGCAGAAAUGAUCUGAAACUGGAGAAAAACCAAGGGGCAACCUAGAGAUGUGAUGUGGGAGUGUUUGCUUGAGUUUUUUUGGCUUUUGAUUCAAUGCGAGCUGCGUUUAAGUCUAGGGUGUAAACAGUUGAGUGUAAUGGUAAAAACACUGGAAUGGUAAGCAUGUGUUUUCAUCUACCAAACCCUUUGUCACUCAAAACAUACACAGUCAGACCCUUACUUUUGAUAAGACAUACUUAAACAGCAGACAAGACAAGUAAUAAUGCAGUCAUUGUGGAAACCAAGCCAGAUGGAUAACCACCAACAUAGUUCAUUAGCUAGCUGCUUUAAAAAGAAUGUAAAAAAAAAAAGAAAGCUGAUAAGAAAGGAUUGAAACAAGGGAUGUUUUGGUGGGUUUGCUGAAAAAAAAAAGACUCCUUGGGAGGACAAAGAAGCAAUUUAUGAGUUUAAAUCUAAAUUUGCUUAAAUGCUGAAAUAGUUAGGUAACCUAAUAUAAGAGUACUGGUUUGACAAAGAGAGAGAUUGUCCAGCCAAAUUUAAACUAAACACAUUGCCUUUUGUUGGUCAGCAUAUUUAUACUUGGUUUUAAGGGCCUAUGAGGUCAUCAUUUAUAUUGUCCAAUACAUUAAUUCCAAAUGUAGUAUUUUCUUGUUCAGCCCUAUCAUAAUUAAUUGUUCAAUUGUGGCCAGAAAUUGGUUCUAAAAUCAAAGUAAUUUACUGUUAAGACAAAAGAAGACGCGCUGAAUACUAAUGUUUGGUAAAGGCAACCUCAAAGAGUGAAUUUUUAAUUCUGGGUUCGUUAAGUGGCAAGGGAGAUGUUUAAAACUGACCUUAAGCUUGUUAAGAAAUAUAGAUUGUUCCCAUUAAUGCCCUUCACCAAAUAGGGAAAAAUGUACUGUUCGUGUGUCUGGCAUUGACACAUAAGUGACAAAAACACCAGCUUUCAUGUCUAUGAAAAUUUACUUCCCAUUGUUUCACCUUUGUUGGCAGGUUAUCGUGUCGACUUUAUUUUCUGUUUUACAUUGAUGUUAAGACGAACUGUGGUACUUUCAGAUGGUGGCAGAAUAUAAGUACCACCAAAACAUGUUUGUUUGUAUUGCUGUGCAUCACUUGAAGACAAAAGAUCAUCUCAGUGUUAGUAUCAGAGGUUUCUGGCUGACGACAGCUUUUUAAUACCUAUGAUUUAAGUCUUAGCACAGUGCCCAGUUACAUAAAACACCUGUCUUCAAAAUUAAUUAAAACAUGUUCCAUACCUGAACAUUAUGAUUACAAGAUGUGAAAGAAAGGUCCCCUAGCUAGGCUCAAAAACUUGACCUAACUUCCCUUUGACUUCGUACACCAUCCUGAGUGUCUGAAUGUUUAAAACAGAUGCACAAAGUCCUCAAAAAUAACCAUAAUGGAAAUAAACAAUACCAGGAAUGGAUUUCUUUUAAAUAAUUCAACAACUUAAUGUCACCCUCAAUGCCCACAAGGCAUGUCUCAGUCUAAGAUGCCAAGUACGAUCUGCUGUCAGCUAGUCUGUUUUGAUAUUCACCAAACAUCUUAGUUAGCGCUAAGCUCUCAGUCUAUUUCUAACAAACCACCUCGCGCUUUUGGAGCAUGAAAUUCACUUUUGAGUGCAUAUAAAUGGAUGUAAUUGUUAAAAGUUUAACUGAACAUAUUAAUAUUUUACAAUGCAAUUAGACUGUCAGCAGACCAUUUUCAUGUAAAAAGCAGCAAAACUAGCUUAUCCUCUUUGAAGAGAUGCUCCAGUUCUCUGCUGCUGUUCACACUUCAGUUCUUAAUGUGAGACAGUUAUGUUAUCAAACUAAAUAAGUACAGCUAAAACUGAUCUAUUACCACUUUGAUCAUGUGAAAGGAAACAUGCCUCUACUAUAGAGUGCAUAUAAGAAGUAAAGUAAGCACUGUUUAGUCACCCACUAGUUUGUUUACUACAGUUUUUACGCCUCCAGUUUUGCACUUUGACACUCGCCGGCUGCCCAAAGCUUAAAGCAUACUCUGCUUUAUUGUUUGUUUUAUCUUAAUUGGGACUAAAAUUUGAAAAAACACAACAUGCUGGUUGAAGAAGACCAGAAACAAGGGACUGAGACCAUACACUAAUGAGUUGAUAAUAUAUUAAAGCAGAAGUAGGCUUCGUUUCUCAUUGACUUCAAUACAAUCUGACUGUGUGCACUCAAGUUUAAGGCAGUUGAGUCACUAAAAGCAUAACCUUUAAGCAGUUAAUAUUACACCAGAAGAGUUUUACUUAAACUGGACAUUGACACAACUCCAACUGGGACUCCUCGGUUUCAGAAAUGUAUGGACAAUUCAAUCAUCAUUUACUCUCUAAGUCUCUAAGUGAGUGUGGAUCAUAAAAUCCAGUUAUGUUGGAGAAUCUGUGGGCGGGGCACGGUGCAGGAUCCUCUUGGCAGAUUUUCACUCUGUUUGUCAAGGAUACAAACUUCCAUCUGUGCCAGUGAUGGUCCCCUCUGUCAUCCUCACUUGUGCAUCAUCCAACAAAUAGUAAGACACUGAAUCAGGCUUUGGAUACACCUACAAACAUUCACAAGUGACAACUGAAAAACGUGCUUAAAAAGUAGUAUUUCUACAGUAAUCAUUUUCUAGAGAGACUUUGUGACUGGGCACUGCUAACUGCAUACAUCUCUCAAACUUGAAUGCCAAAUUUUGUGCACGUAAGAAGCUGUUUGUCGAGUGAAAUGUGAUUACGUACAACCAAAGCACAGGUCAGACUGUCUCUUCUAUGGCAGGAUGGGGGCUUUAGAUAACGGGAUGAUACUACGCAUCUAUGUUCUCAGUCUAGCUAUUGGUAUUAUUUUGGCCUUGAUCACUCUCCUUGGUGUAUAAAACAAGCUUUGCUGAAUUAUUUUGACCCCUCUUAAAAAGGUCUGAAUUUUGAGAAAAUUCAUGGUGAGAUACAGAGUCAAAAUGUAUACAAAGAUGCAAAUAUGAUCACUGUUAGGGUGAAAAUUAUGAUAUAAAGUUUAACAUUUUGGCUGCAGUAACAUUUGUUGUCUUGACGCUUGCAGGACAAACAUCACUAAAGCCUAUGUUAUAUUAAUUCAUUUUAGAUGAUCACCGAAAAAUGGAGAUGAAAUCUGUGAAAUUCGCAACACAAGAUAAAUCUGGUGUAAAAUGAAUGUAGAUAUGAUCUAGUACGUUUAUGUCAUCAUUACUACACACUGAGUACUGAAGGUUUGAGAUUGCGGUAGAAGUAAGGUCUGCUUUAUUUUUGCACAAAUCUAGAUCCAGAAUCGAUUAACUGUGCUUCUUUCUUGUUUCUCUCGGAGAGUGAACUGUAACUUGAAGUGGAGUUUAGGUGGAAGUAAAGAACAGGGCACAGAGAUUGUAAUUUGUCAGUGAAUGUCUGAAAAGAUGACAAAGUGAGUACUUGAGAUUGAGGGCAAAACAGUGUGCUUGUUUGGGGGGUUUGAGGUGCCCCUUUGUCUCGGCCGUGGCGUACACGAAACACCCGACAGCAGCAUGCCACAGAGAAUCUUGUUUUUGAUUUCAGAAUUAUGGCCUUACUCCAUGAAAAACCAAUGCAACAAAAAGUAGACAAAUGUGUCUCUUCUGUGUGCGCCGAAGUCAUUCAAACGGAGGAAACUGAACACUGUGUACACACACUCGUGACAUUUUUGGAAGACUUGUUGCUCUUCCCAUCAACACCUGGAGGAACUGAGGUCAUGGACAGAUAACGGAAUAGUAGACUUUUCUACCACAGACUGAUGAUGUGAGCAAAAUCUGCUCCAGAUUUUUGUUGGAUUGUUUUUCUGUUCUUUUGUUUCCCUCUCGGAUAUCAACAUGAAAAUGAAGGAAAAAUGACCAGUCUUUCCAUUUUCAUUUGUGGGACAAAGCCAGAUCACCGUUUGGAUCCUGAGUUGAUGCUGGAGAGGCCUGACCAUGCUUUUUUAGUUGCCUCAGGCAGAUUAUCUUUUGUAAAUUUACUGUGACCUCUGUACUAUUUAGUGUGUAUUAUAUUGACAGCAAACCAACUUUGAAAUGCAAAGGAAGAGUUCCUCAUCAUCGUAUUUUUACUGUGUGUGUGAGUGAGUGUUUCUAUUGGCAGGUAUGAUUGUGUGAAUGUGUAGGAUGAUGGUAACAUGAAUGAGACAGGAGGUAAAAUACUGACCAGACACAUUUUGCACCCUGAAGAUAUCAUUCCUGCAAAUGCUUCCUCAGUACUUCUCAUGUCGAUCCAUUUCCUCACACAAAGAUCUGAAUGUGUUACCAAACCAAUGACGUUUACUGAAAGUCCCUUUUGUAAAACAUGUAAUGGGUUAUGAUUAACUGACUGGAUUUUUCUUUUCUUUAUAUGUAAGGUUGAUGAAGGUAAAAAAAAACAAGCUUGAUUCAAAGCUUCGGUAAGGCCAAAUGUUAUCGCUAACAUCAGCCACCUUCUGAAUGUUUCUUUGAAGAACUGAUGCAGAUGAAGAGCGUGACAUUUCAGUCUCUUGUUGCAAAAAACCAAGACGAAACAACGUGGCACUUUCACUUUAAAACCAUAUCAGCAUUCAGUGUGCUAUUUUCUGUAAGGAUAGCACCAGAUUGUUCAGUUUGGGUUGUCUCCAUCAGUAAUACUUGCACUGUGAGCAUUCAUAUGAUCCGACAAGCUGGAAACAAACUUGCUAGCUGGAAAUUAUAAGCGUGGGCAACAACAUGGGAAGAUGCUGUGCAAAGCAAUAAGGCUGGCCUGUGUGCAGGUAAUGUCUGUUAACAGCAUGUACACAAGAAAGCAAAAUCUAAUGACAAGAGAGGGGAGUGUUGUACAGAAAGUAUUUUAGUGCCUGUUUUUAAAUCUGAGUUUUUGCCAAUUCUGUUUGAGAUUACUUUAGUUUUUAGCAGGAGAAGAGUAAAAGAGGUGGCAAAAAUUCCACACCCCUUAGUGAUCGUAUGUUGACAGUAGAGAUCUCUGUGCCUAAAUAUCUGCUUAUGAAUGCAGAUUACAUCCAAUGGUUGAUUUUUUUUGCCUCUCAAGUUACUUUAAAUAACUACCAUCGCACAGAGGAGGAAUUUUUGGCCCAGAUAAUAUUGUGGUUUCUGCUCCAAGAUACUUACUGGCUGCGCCAUAGUAAAAAAAAAAGUUGGACAACACCUAUAAAAGGUGAAUCGGCACAAGGCCAAUCCAAUUGGCAGGCUUUGUAACUUAAAAUGGCCAACGUGCAAAAGCAAAAUGCCAAUGUUUUCUGAGAUGUAUUAAAAAAUUGCCAAGAAA